UUUUUUCUUUUUUUUUGUUGUGUGCUGUUCCUUUGACUGUCCAUUGGGUGGCGAGCUACCAGAGAACCACCGAUACAGUGUGGUAGGAAAAAGUUCUCACAAACCUGGAUCCUCUGAUUUUGUUUUCCCAAUGGACCUCAUGAACUGUGAACCUUUUACUAAUUAAACUGAAGAGUUUAAUUUUUUUUUUUUUGCUCUUUUGAAUCAUCCUGUUGGAAUAUAUUUGUUUUUUUUGUUUUUUUCCUUUGAAAUUAUAUUGAUUGUCACAUUUGUGUGUAUAUUCUAUUAAUUCAUAUCCAUAUAAAUUAUAUAAUAUAGCUCAUUAACAUGUAUAUAGGUAACCCAUACUCUUUCUAUUAGAAAAUAAAUAUACAACUAUUAAUCAUAAUUUUCUUUCUUGUGCUUAUUCACACCCCUUGACUCUACAGCCGAAUCUACUUCUGAGCUCAUUUUGCAGUCAGCCAAGCCCAAGUGUUACAAGUGGCGAGCUAGCCAGGAGUCAAACGGUGUGAAUAAUCUUCUGAUUUAAACAUGGAUUUUGUUGCGCAAACAGGUAUCAAUAUAGCACAAGCUGUUUUGAUUUCGGGUGUAACUAAUACUUCAUCAGAUAAUGAAAUCCUUGAUAUAUUACGCACACAUGGCUCACUUAAAACAGUUCUAUCGGUUUCUGAUCCAAAAAGCACCUUCUAUAAAAACCUUAUCGUUGAGUUUGAAGAAGCAAGUAGCUUUUCUGCUAUAAGUUCACUUCUGCCCUAUAGAUAUAAAUCCGAGUCUGCUGCUAACCGCGUGUACUGCGUCACUGCUCUCAAAGAUGAGUAUGCUGCCACAGCGGGGAGCAGCAGCCAUAUCCCUGACUACAUCCACAGUUUUAAAGAAAUGGCUGAAAAGAGUGGGACAAGUUUUGAGCACAUCCUCAAAACUGUGAUGGACCAGAUCCACCAACAUUUGAAGACACAAGGAGCAAUUGAAACUGGAAAUGGAGAGGAUGCAGAACCAGAAGAAACCAAAAUGACCGGUUUAACCACCGCACCAGCUGCGCUUGAGGUACAAGCUCCAUUGGUUGCACCUCAACCCUCUCAGCCAUCCCCUCUUUCUACAAGCACUGAACAACUCGGGGCACGACCACGCCAAAGCCAUCAAGUAGAUCCCAUACAUACUGGUUCUACACAAAGAUUUUCUCUGAACCCUAAUGAUCUCAAUCCUCCUGAAAUUCAGAGGGUUGUUGUUGAACAUGUAGUGAGGAACACUGACCUGACUGCUCCAGUUUCCCUACGCCUUCGCUCAUUUUCUGGACGUGUUCCGAAGCCCAGUAAUGAAGCAGACUAUGAAUCAUGGCGUUCACAAAUUGAACUAUUACUUGCAGACCCGAGCCUUUCUGCCCUGCAUGUAACUAGGAGGAUCAUGGAGAGUUUGCUGGUUCCUGCUGCUGACUUUAUUAAAGGUUUGGGCCCUAACACUUUGCCAGCUGUGCUACUGCGUCAUCUAGAUUCAGCUUUUGGCACAGUACAAGACGGUGAAGAGUUAUAUGCCCAGUUCCUGAACAUACUCCAAAACCCAGGUGAGACAGCAUCAUCUUACCUCCAGCGGCUUCAGCUUAUGCUGACAACUGUAUGGAAAAGAGGAGUGACUGCUAAUGAUAUGGACAGACAACUGCUGAAACAAUUUGUGCGUGGAUGCUGGAACAAUGACAUUAUCACCAAGUUGCAGCUCGAACAACGCAGAGGCAAUCCACCACCUUUCUCUGAACUGCUGCUGCUUCUGCGCACAGAAGAGGACAGGCAACAGGCAAAAGAGCUGCUGAUGAAGAAGUACAUCGGAUCAAGUUCUUCCAAGCAAAAGGUUACCAUUCAGUCACAAAGCACUUUGUGAAAUGGCUGGAAU